AUGGCUUCUUCCACAAGCUUGGCUUCCAAAGCCUUGAUACUUUUGGCUAUCAGCAAACUAGUUAUUUCUUCACCGGGAGAUAGGCUAGAUGAAUUCGAAGACUGCCUCUUUCAAUGCCAACAAAUAUCAUGCUACCAUAAUCCCUAUCACGUCAUGCAAGAGCAAUAUAGAGAGCCCUUACAAAAGAGGAACUACGAGUUUCGGCGGUAUGAACCAAGUUGGAAAUUUGAUACAGAGUUGCCUCAACAUCUUCGAUUCCUUUUGUGGGACUGUAAAUCCAAUUGCGAUUACCAAUGCCAACGAAUCAUCACAAGAGAACGAAAAGACAAUGGGAACGAAGUGUAUCAGUUCCAUGGAAAGUGGCCGUUCGUUCGUGUUUACGGAAUUCAGGAAUUUUUUUCUGCCUUGUUCUCCGUGGCUAAUUUUGUUCCCCACUUCAUAGGCUUUCGGAAAGUUAGCCAGUUGAGGCAAAGAAUGCCGAAAGAAAGGGCGGCCUUGAAUCCAGUAUUGCGCAAUGUUCAGCUCCUCGCUUUCGUCACCAUGUGUGCUUGGACAUGCUCGACGGUAUUUCAUAUCCGAGACUUCCUCAUUACAGAGAGACUAGACUACUACUUUGCGGGGCUCACUGUUCUUACCGGGUUGUACGCCAUCGGAUAUCGCUACUUGCGCUUAUAUCUCCAAUCGAGACAAGCUUACUCAUGGAUAUGGACGGCGCUUUGCAUGACUGCGUACGUCUAUCACCUUCGUAGACUUGUCACCGACUGGCUGUACACUUAUAACAUGAGAGCGAACAUUGUUGUGGGGGUCCUACAAAACGUGGUAUGGGGCCUCACGUGUUUUUCGCUAUACUCAAAGUUCUACAAGCAGGAAAUUAGCGGAGAAAGGGCAAUCGAUUUGACCCACUUAAACUACAUCCAGCGCGGGCGAAUCAUAUUCGGGUCAUUCUUUGCCAAGUCGGCCAAACUCUAUUCGUUGUAUCCACUUCUUCUCUGCGGAAUAGUGAUUCUCGGCAUGUCGCUUGAGAUCUUUGACUUUGCGCCCAUUUUGGGCGACUUGAUCGAUGCGCACUCGUUGUGGCACCUAGUCACAGUGUUCCCGGCCCUCCUUGGGUGGUAUGACUGGAUGUUGUGGGACAUCGAAGAGAACGUCUGGGAGGAGCUCCGCACGGCUCAACAGAAGAAAAACCAAUAG